AAAAAUAAGAACGUAAGUGAUUUAUGACAAAAGAAAGGAGGCUAAGCUUCUUUGGUUAGCUGACAGCUAAGUUGUCCCAAUAUCUUUUAAAAGUCUUAAAUACAGAUGGCCAGAUGACUACACACAAAAUGGAGGGGGCCAAUGAAACCAGAGUUGAAAAAAAAAUCUAUGCGAUUCUGUGAUUUGGUACCAUGGUUUUUGUUUAAAAUGGUGAUGUUUGGCAUACAUUUUCCAACUAAGGAAAGCAGACACAUAUUUCAAGGCAACUGUGAGUACUGUGAAAAGAGAUUAUCUAGAAACUUAUGGUUUGUGCAAGGCAGCUGCAGUUUAGUGAGAAAGUGGAAUUAGGAUGGAAAUCAGAAUUCACACGGAGUUCAUAACUGGGAAGAGAAACAUUAAUUAACAAAACUCAGGACUUGUUGCUAGAAUUGUAAUCAGAGAACAGAAUGGUGAAAAAGGUACACAAAACCAGAGCCAAAAAACACAAGACCUACUGUACAUUGUAAUUUGGAGGGCAGAAAAAGGUGUCAUAAGCAGUAAAUCAAAAAACAAACAAUACCAAUGAUGCAAAGGUUUUUGUUUUUUCUCUUACAAAUCCAAAUCUUGGAUGAUUAGGGAUAUGAAGCUUCAGUUUUUUAAAAACCUUCCUGGAAUGGCUCCUAGCAACGAGCACCGUAGCCUAAGAAUCAAUCUCUAACAUGGUGGCGCCCCUAAGCAUAACAAGACAGCGUUGGGAAAACAUGAAUCGUUUUAAACAAUGCUAAAAACACAAAGAAACAAAAGAUGCAUAUAACUACUAGAUUUACUUGCCUCAGAAACCCCAAAAACUAUAGUUAAAACAUUUUUAGAGGCCAGAUUAGAGAAGAAAACAUUAAAGACACAUUAUGAUAAGAAAUAAAUGUAAUGGUAUGGCUAUAUUACGGACUGAAUUUAAAAGGCUGCUUCCCUUUAGCUCUUUGUGUUUAUUUGCUUAUUUCUAUCAAUCAUUAAUUUUUUCUUUUUAAAGUAAUCUUGCUGCACUACAUAUUACUUGUUAUUACUCUUUUGAGUAAGUAAGAAUGAGUUAAUUCAAACUGAUAACCCUUUUUUUAACAGAUGAAUAAAAUUCCACAUCAUUGAAGUGCCUAGACACAUACACAAUACCCACCGUUCCUUAAAAAUGAAAGUGUCUGCCAGGCCUCAGGCUUUACCCAGUGCUCCAAACACACUGGAGCUUUGUUACUACUGGGCCUUUGAAAUAAUUGUGGGUUUGGAUGGGGGGGUUUUGAUUGGAUGAGAAAAAUGCCUUUCAAACACUGACAGUUCCAGUCGAGCAAUGCCAGGAUGCCAAAGAUUGUCUGUACCCUGGAAACGGGAACAAAGUCACACAACCUGAGGUGAUCGGAAUGGAGUGCUACUGGUAAAUGUGUCAGCAAGAGGAAACCCAGGCUCUACAGUUUGGCUAAGUAACAUUUUAAUGUAUCUACCAAAUGAUUGCAUUCUCAGCUAUGUACUCUACAGAAUUUACCAAUUUCACUGUCAUGAAUAACUCCACCACUGCUUUAUUUCCUCCACUUCUGGACAAAAUUGUUAAUGGCAUCACCAUCCUCAUCCUGUUCAUUACUAUGGUGUCACUGGGGUGCACCAUGGAGCUCUCCAAGAUCAAAAUCCAUAUAGUUAAACCAAAGGGAAUAGUCAUUGCUGUUCUGGCCCAGUAUGGAGUUAUGCCACUUUCUGCCUUUUUGUUGGCGAAGCUCUUUCAGCUGAAAGACAUUGAAUCUGUGGCAGUGCUGAUCUGUGGGUGCUGCCCUGGAGGCAACUUGUCAAAUAUCUUCUCUCUGGCCCUCAAAGGAGACAUGAACCUCAGCAUUGUUAUGACCACGUGCUCCAGUACCCUGGCUUUGGUCAUGAUGCCACUGCUCUUGUACCUUUACUGUAAAGCUCUCAUUCCUAACAUGAAGAAUGCCAUUCCUUACAAUGGCAUUGUUAUUGCACUCAUAAUGACGAUAGUGCCAUGUGCAAUUGGGAUCUUUAUUAAUGCCAAGACUCCACGCUACUCCAAGAUCAUCACAAAGGUUGGACUGACGAUAAUGCUCCUGGCUUCCACGACUGUAGGUAUAAUUGCAGCCAUGAAAAUUGGUCAAGAAGUCUGGACGUUGCUUUCACCCCGACUGAUUAGUACAUGCACCCUGAUGCCACUCAUUGGAUACCUGCUGGGCUACAUCCUGUCCAGCCUGCUCUGCCUGAAUGAGGAGUGCAAAAGAACAGUGGCUAUGGAGACCGGCUGUCAAAACAUCCAACUCUGCACAGCUGUCCUCAAGGUGGCCUUCCCUCCACAUGUGAUAGGGAGUUUGUUUCUCUUUCCAUUUAUUUACCUGCUUUUCCAGACAGCGGAGGCUCUUGUCUUCAUUGUGAUUUUCAGGUGUUAUGAACGGAUGGUGUCAUAAGUUAAAAGUACUGUAAGUUUUUUCCAGCACUUAUGAUUUCUGCUCUUAUUGUAAAGUAGCAGGCCAGAAUGCAGUCAUAAGAGAAAUUGGGCCAAUGAGAUUAAAGGUGGCUUCUGGUCAUACCUGAGGAUGAUGGGAUACAAUAGUGAACAGGUCUGCUGCUCUUAAAGUGAAUGACCUACACAUCUACAGAAAAAAUGACUGGGGUAAAAAUUUGACUGACAAAAGUAUUUUGUUAUAGAAUUGUAAGGUAGAUGUUAUAAAAGAAGGGUUUAAAUGUUGUUAAGAGAGUCAAGUUCUUAAAAGGUAAAAUAAAU